AUGAAGGUUCUUUCCUCCCCGGACAUUCCCAGGAAAAGGACCAUGAGAAGGGUGCCCAAACCUCUGAUGGAAAAACGCAGACGUGAGCGAAUCAACCACAGUCUGGAGACUUUACGACUUCUGAUGCUGGAGAGCACCAGAAACGAGAAACUGAAGAACCCGAAGGUGGAGAAGGCAGAAAUCUUGGAGAGUGUGGUCGAGUUCUUGAAGACGGAUAAUGACGUCAUGCCCAGGGAUCAGACCUGCACGAGCCAGAACAAGAACACGUACCACGACGGCAUGAGGUCCUGUCUGCUGAGGGUCAGUCACUUCAUCUCCACCAAGAACCAGGACCCGGAGGAACCCGGUGUGGCCCCCGAGCCCGACAGGCACCACUCUCCCCCCGGACACACGCACGCAGCACUGACCCCUAGAGGCGGAGACUCCUCUCCCCAGGUUCCUCCACUUAUGGCUCGUCAUCGCCGCAGGUACGGCUUCUCCCACCCGUACCUGAGCCACAGGAUCGGGCUCCACUGUGAGAGCAGCACGCUGCUCCACCACUCCACGUCCACGCCUGCACCCACGCACUUUGCCGAGCCGGUGUGGAGGCCGUGGCCCCAGUGA